AUGACUUUGGGGCCCCCGCCGCCGAGCAGCAAGCAGAGUCGCGCCGCCCCGCCGCCCGCGGCCCGAGCAGCCCCGCGCCGCCGCCCCGCCCGCCGCGCCCGCCCCGCCGCUGGAUGCCGGGGGCCGGCGGCCCAGCUCUCAGAGGCGGAGCGCGGCGGCGGCGCGGGCGGCGGCGGCGGCGGCGCGGGCGGCCGGCGGCCGAGAGGCAGGGGCGCGGGCCCGAGCGCUAGCGCCGCCAUGCCCGGCUCCACCGGCCAGCCCGACGGCGGCGGCGGCGACCCCAGCCCGCGCCCGCCCCCCCCGCCCCCGCCGCCCCCGCCGCCGCCGCCGCCCCUGCCCGAGGGCGCCGAGGAGGCCGCGCCCGACGACGCGGCCGCUGCCGCCGCCGCCGCCGCGCUGCGCCUGGCGCUGGACCAGCUCUCGGGGCUGGGGCUGGGGGGCGCGGGCGGCCCGGACGACGAGGGGGCGGCCGCGGGCGGCGGGGACGGCGGGGCGGCGGCGGCGGGGGGCGCGGACGGCGGGGCGGCGGCCGAGCCCGCGCCCCCCGACGGGCCUGAGGCGGGCGCACCCGCGGUGGCCGAGGCGGUGGCGCCGGGCUCGCUGCCGCUGCUGGAGCCCGACGUGAGCCCGCCGCCGCCCCGGCCGUCGCCGCCCGACGUGUUCGCUGGCUUCGCGCCGCACCCCGCGGCCCUCGGCCCCUCGACGCUGCUGGCCGAGCAGAUGAACGUGAUCGGCAGCCGCAAGAAGAGCGUGAACAUGACCGAGUGCGUGCCCGUGCCCAGUUCCGAGCACGUCGCCGAGAUCGUGGGUCGCCAGGGGUGCAAGAUCAAGGCUCUGCGGGCCAAGACAAACACCUACAUCAAGACGCCGGUGCGCGGGGAGGAGCCCGUCUUCAUCGUGACUGGCCGCAAGGAGGAUGUGGAGAUGGCCAAACGCGAGAUCCUGUCGGCCGCCGAGCACUUCUCCGUGAUCCGCGCCACGCGCAGCAAGGCGGGCGGGCUGCCGGGCGCCGCGCAGGGCCCGCCGCACCUGCCGGGACAGACCACCAUCCAGGUGCGCGUGCCCUACCGCGUGGUGGGGCUGGUGGUGGGGCCCAAGGGCGCCACCAUCAAGCGCAUCCAGCAGCGGACGCACACCUACAUCGUGACGCCGGGGCGGGACAAGGAGCCCGUGUUCGCCGUGACGGGCAUGCCCGAGAACGUGGACCGGGCGCGCGAGGAGAUCGAGGCGCACAUCACGCUGCGCACGGGCGCCUUCACGGACGCGGGCCCCGACAGCGACUUCCAUGCCAACGGCACCGACGUGUGUCUGGACCUGCUCGGGACGGCCGCCGGCCUCUGGGCCAAGGCCCCCAACCCGGGGCGGCGGCCCCCGGCGCCCACGGCUGGUCUCCGCGGCGACGCGGCCCUGGGCGCGCCGGGGGGCCCCGAGGCCUUCUAUGCCGGGGGCCGCGGGGGGCCGCCAGUGCCCGAGGCGGGCCCCGCCAGCCCCUACGGCGGCGCCGGCGGCGCUGGCGGCGGUGGCGGCGGAGGCGGCGGCGGCUCGGGCAACGGGGGCUUCUCCUUCGGCGGCGACGGCCCGGGGGCCUCCUCGGGGCCGCCCGCCCCCGAGGACUGUGACUUCGGCUUCGACUUCCUGGCGCUGGACCUGACCGUGCCCGCCGCGGCCACCAUCUGGGCCCCCUUCGAGCGGGCCGCGCCGCUGCCCAACUUCAGCGGCUGCUCGGCCGUCAACGGGGCCCCCGCGCCCCCCGCGCCGGGCGCCCGGCGCAGCAGCGGGACCGGCUCGCCGCGCCACUCGCCCACGCUGCCCGAGCCCGCGGCCCUGGGCCUGGAGCUCCCGCUGGCCCGCCGCGGCGGCGCCGCGGACCCGGUGGGCGCCCUGGCCUGGCGGCCGGCGCCGGGCUCGCUGCCGGCCUUCCCCGCCGCCACCUCGUUGCCUGGCGGCGCCGCCGCGGCCGCGGCGUGUCCCCCCCUGGACUCCAGCCCCUCCGAGGGCGGCCGCAAGCCCCCGGCCGCCCCCGCCCCGGCCCUGGCGCGCGAGUGCGUGGUGUGCGCCGAGGGCGAGGUGAUGGCCGCGCUGGUGCCCUGCGGCCACAACCUCUUCUGCAUGGACUGCGCCGUCCGCAUCUGCGGCAAGAGCGAGCCCGAGUGCCCCGCCUGCCGCACGCCCGCCACCCAGGCCAUUCGCGUGGAGACGGCCGCCCGACGGCACCACAGUUCUUAACCAAUAAACAGUAUUGAGUCGACAGGUUGAAAUAAACCAGAGAGAAAAGGUCUGCCUGCACUUUCUAAAGACUCCCCGGCCCCCAGGGUGAUCUUUUUACGAAGAUAAAAAAAAUAUAUAUAUAUACACAGACACACACACACACCCGAUUUUUACAACUCCCGGUUGUCCUUUGGGACUUGUCGGAUUUCAGACAGGACCUGCUGUGGCCUGGGAGGCGGCCUCGGCCUCCGCAGAGGCCCCUAGGAGGACAAUGCGACGUUUUUACUCCCUGUGGGGGGCUCACCAGUUACCCUUUUGUACGUCAGCGGGGGGACAGGCUGGAAGGGUGGGGGGGGUGGGGAGGGUCCCAACCAGAAAUUUCUAACUUUGUGUUUUUAAUUAUUAAUACCCUUCUGCUGUGGUUUCUGUUGUCAGUUUUUAAAUUUUUUUAAAUUGUGUUUUUUUUAAACUUUUACUUUUUACCUCUUGUGUAUAUGUAGGGAAUUUAUAGGGAAAUAUGUACUUUAUGGAAUAAAUUUUAAGAACUAAAAUAUAUUUUAUUUUAAAUAAAGUAACGGACCUUUCAUCUUCUGCAGCUAAAUUACUGAUUAUAUAUUUGCUGAGCUGACUUAAGGGUUCAGAAAAUUGUAUCAAGAGUUUUAUUUUUUGACUUUAAAGCCUUCUUAAUAAAGCCCUUUUGCUACCUGUGA